AUGGCUGCUGCGAACAACAAAGAGAUAACCAUGGAUAUUCCGAACCUUGUCCGAGUUUACAAUGAUGGCACCAUUGAGCGCCUCCAAAACUCUCCAAUUGUGCCACCCACGCUUGAAGAUCCAACCACAGGAGUAUCAUCCAAAGACGUUGUCAUCUCUAUCAACCCUCCUAUCUCCGCUCGUCUAUACCUUCCAAAAUCGAUCCUUUCCCAGAACCAUAAAGUCCCCAUCUUGGUCUACUUUCAUGGCGGUGGAUUUUUCUUUGAAUCUGCCUUCAACCAACUCCACCAUAACUAUUUCAACUUGUUUGUCUCCAACGCACAUGUUCUGGUCAUUUCUGUUGAGUACAGGCUCGCCCCAGAGGUUCCUCUUCCUGCAGCUUAUGAUGAUUGCUGGGAUGCUCUUAAAUGGGUAGCCACCAAUUCUGAGCCAUGGCUUAUCAAACAUGGUGAUUUUGACAGAGUUUUCAUUGGUGGUGACAGUGCUGGUGGUAAUAUUGUCCAUAAUAUUGCCAUGCGUGCUGGGGUUGAGGUUUUACCUCGUUCUGUCAAAGUCUUAGGUGCUUUUCUUUCUCAUUCUUAUUUCUUCAGCUCAAAGCCAAUCGGAUCUGAACCUGUUGAAGGGCAUGAACAGAGCGUGCCCCUUUUGGUAUGGGGUUUGGUUUAUCCAUCUGCGCCUGGUGGCAUUGACAACCCUAUGAUCAAUCCAUUGGCUCAUGGGGCACCUAGCUUGGCUGGGCUUGGGUGUUCUAAGAUUCUUGUUUGUGUUGCUGAAUGGGAUCCGAUUAGGGAUAGAGGGGUUUGGUACUCUGAGGCUGUGAAGAAGAGUGGUUGGAAAGGUCAACUGGAGCUGUUUGAAGUCGAAGGCGAGGGACAUGCUUUUCAUAUUCACAAUCCAGAAUCGGCAAAUACUAAGAAAAUGCUGAAACGCGUUGCUGAUUUUCUCCUCCAGUAA